ACCUCUCACAGUCAGUUUCACAUAUUGUAAACAAACAAACAAAGUUUUGUUAGCUAAACAAAAAAGAAAAAGAAAUUAAUUUAUUUUUAUUAAAUGUCUGACAAAACUCAACCACCCAUUAAACGCUACCGUCGGGAAGAAAAACAUUCUUCCGACGAAGACGAUGGCUACGUUCCCUACGUCCCCGUAAAAGAACGCAAGAAAAAUCAACUCAUAAAAUUGGGUCGUAUUGUACAGCUGGCUUCUGAAGCUAAUGCUCCCAAGUCAUCCAGUGAAAAUGAAAACGAUGAAGAGACUCAAGAAGAAAUAUGGGGUCGUAAAUAUAACAUUAGUCUUCUCGAUCAACACACAGAACUAAAAAAAAUCGCUGAAGCAAAGAAAGUCAGUGCCGUUGAAAAGCAGCUCAAGGAAGAAGAGAAAAUUCUUGAGUCUGUGGCCGAAAAGAAAGCGCUGAUGGGUGUCGCUGAAUUGGCAAAAGGUAUUCAAUAUGCGGAUCCCAUUAAAACAAGUUGGAAACCUCCGCGCUACAUAUUGGCCAUGCCCGAAGAAAAAUACGAAGCUAUUCGUCGGAAAAUGCGUAUUUUGGUAGAAGGCACUGAUAUUCCACCACCCAUUCGUAGUUUCAAGGAAAUGAAGUUCAAUAAGCACAUUCUAAGUGGAUUGGAUAAGAAAAAUAUAAAGAAACCAUCCCCCAUUCAAGUUCAGGGAAUCCCAACAGUUCUAUCAGGAAGAGAUUUGAUUGGAAUUGCUUUUACUGGAUCUGGUAAGACACUGGUUUUUGUUCUGCCACUGAUUAUGUUUGUUUUGGAGCAGGAGGUGCGCCUACCAUUUAUUAAAAACGAAGGUCCUUAUGGAUUGAUUAUAUGUCCCUCCAGAGAAUUGGCUAAACAAACUCAUGACAUUAUCGUGUAUUACUGCCAACAACUGCGAGGAAGCAACCUUCCAGAGAUAAGAAGCUGUCUCGCUAUCGGCGGGAUGCCAGUUUCUGAAGCUGCUGACGUGAUUUCGAAGGGUGUUCACAUUAUGGUGGCGACUCCCGGUCGACUUAUGGAUAUGCUCGACAAGAAAAUCGUAACUCUCGAUGUCUGUCGGUAUCUAUGUAUGGACGAAGCCGAUCGUAUGAUUGACAUGGGUUUUGAGGAGGAUGUCCGUACAAUUUUCUCCUUCUUCAAGGGACAACGACAAACUUUGCUCUUUUCAGCAACUAUGCCAAAAAAGAUUCAAAACUUCGCUCGCUCAGCAUUGGUACAACCAGUAACCAUUAAUGUGGGACGAGCUGGAGCUGCUUCAAUGAAUGUUACCCAAGAAGUAGAAUACGUCAAGCAGGAAGCUAAAGUAGUGUAUCUUUUGGAGUGCUUGCAAAAAACCGAACCUCCGGUACUAAUAUUCGCCGAAAAGAAGCAAGACGUCGACUCCAUUCACGAGUAUCUUCUACUUAAGGGCGUGGAGGCUGUAGCUAUUCAUGGUGGCAAGGACCAAGAAGAGCGUUCGAGGGCAGUUGAAGCAUUCCGCAACGAAGAGAAGGAUGUAUUAGUUGCCACUGAUGUCGCCUCAAAAGGUUUAGAUUUUCCGAAUGUCCAGCAUGUUAUUAAUUACGAUAUGCCCGACGACGUGGAGAACUAUGUCCAUCGUAUCGGUCGUACUGGUCGAUCUAAUACCAGGGGUCUAUCUACAACUUUUGUCAACAAAACCACCGAACAGUCUGUGUUGCUUGAUCUCAAGCAUUUGUUAAUUGAAGCCAAACAACUGGUGCCGCCAUUCCUAGCUGAAUUAUGUCCAGAAUCGGAGAAAUAUUUGGACCUUGGCGAUUCACAUGGGUGCAGUUAUUGUGGUGGUUUGGGACACAGGAUUACUGAUUGUCCAAAAUUGGAAGCCGUUCAAAGCAAACAAGCUUCAAAUAUUGGUCGACGAGAUUACUUGUCAAAUACUGCAGCUGAUUAUUAGAUUUUAAUUUUUGUUUUUGUACAGAUAACAGUUUAAAUGAUCUUAAAAUAAAAGGGUAUAAUAUUUCCAUAA